UAUAUCAAGAUUUAUAUCAAUUGUAUGACAAGUGGAUGAGUUUUUUAUAGUGGUGGUCCCGUGGGUCCCUCACCCGGUUCGUGUCAGGUUGCGUAUUAUGGUUCACGCAUCACUUCCUCUUCUGUUAUCCCUCUAAAUGAUGGCUCACAAAAGGUUGCUUCUUGCCUGUGGCUCAAGGCUGGUCUCUCACAAUGGCUCUUUUUCAACAUCUGCUGUGGCUCACAAGAGCUACAAGCUGGUGGUGGUGGGAGGAGGUGCUGGAGGCUGUGCCACGGCUGCCAAGUUUUCCUCCAAGCUGGGAGCCGGCAGCGUGGCAGUGAUUGAGCCGGCUGACACCCACUACUACCAGCCCAUGUGGACUCUGGUGGGUGGAGGCAUGAAGAGGCUGGAGGACUCUGGCCGGCCCAUGAGUCAGGUCCUUCCCAAGAAGGCAGACUGGAUCAAGCAGCGAGUAGUGACCUUUGACCCUCACAAGAACAAGGUCAUAACUCAGGAUGGCCAAGAGAUCAGCUAUGAAUUCCUAGUGGUUGCUCUCGGUAUUCAGCUCAACUAUAAUCAGAUCAAGGGGUUACCUGAUGCCUUUGAGACUCCUGGUGUGUGCUCCAACUACUCCCCUCAUUAUGUUAACAACACUCUAGAGAGUCUGAAGAACUUUAAAGAGGGAAAUGCUCUCUUCUCUUUCCCCAACAGCCUCAUCAAGUGUCCUGGAGCUCCUCAGAAGAUCAUGUACAUUGCUGACCAAUAUUUCCGUAAACAUGGGAAGCGUGACAAGGCCAACAUCCAGUACUUCUCAUCCCUGCCAGUCAUCUUUGCUGUCAAGAAGUAUGCUGAUGCCUUAUGGGAGGUGGUGAAGGAGCGAGACAUCACUGUCAACCUGCGCCACAAUCUCAUCGAGGUGAAGCCAGACUCCCGAGAAGCCGUGUUCCAGAACCUAGAAAACCCUGAUGACCUCAAGACUGUCAAGUAUGAGAUGCUUCAUGUGGCGCCCCCCAUGAGUUCACCAGACCCUCUGCGCCAAUGUGCCCCCCUCACCAAUGAGACGGGUUUCCUGAACGUAGACAAGCACACCCUGCAGCAUGUUACCUUCCCUAACGUGUUUGGUAUCGGCGACUGCACCAAUGUUCCCAUUGCCAAGACUGCAGCUGCUGUGGCUGGCCAGUUUGGAGUGAUGCAGAAGAACCUGAGCCUGGUAAUGGGUGGUGCUUCUCCCAAACACCAGUAUGACGGCUAUACCUCCUGCCCUCUGGUUACAGGUUACAACAAGUGCAUCCUGGCAGAGUUUGACAUGAACUUAAACCCCCUGGAGACCUUCCCCAUCAACCAGGCCAAGGAGCGACGCACCAUGUUCCACCUCAAGAAGGACAUGAUGCCAACUAUGUAUUGGGACGGAAUGCUCAAAGGCUACUGGGAGGGACCAAAGUACCUGAGAAAACUUAUGCACUUGGGAAUGAAGUGAAAAGAAAGAGAAAACUUGAAAAAAAUUUUUGGUUAAAGCCUUAUUUUGAUAGUAAAAUUCAUUGAGGUAGAUGUCUAAAUGAAUUGGUUAAACUUUCUUUUUUUCUUAUAUCUUGAAUAAUUGGAAUUGAAUGAUAUGUAAGUUUUGGCCAUAUUGAAUACUACAGAGAGGUUGAUGAUGUAUGAAAUGUUUGAUUCAGUUUGAAUUCUUGUGGAGAUUAUAGGAUUUUUUUUUUUUUUUUUUUUUCAAAUCCAUACAAUUUAGUUCACUGCAUUUGUUAAGUAUACAGUGACACUAUAAAGGAGAGCCCAAGUAUUUCUUUAAAACUAAGGAAUACAAAUUUUUGCAAAUAGACUAAGAAAAUAGGGAAACAAAAUGCUAAGUAAAGUGUAUUGUAGGACCUGAAUGCCUUAAAAGUGCAUGUCUUGAAGGUUACAUGAACAAAGACAUGAGCAGAGGCCAAUCAGACAUACUCAGACCUAAUGUACACACCUUUUAUCCUAUGAUAGCUCCUCUUCUUGGAGCUAAUAACCCUUAUAUAUACCAGACAGAAAAAGAUAUAUUAUUAUUUUGUAUACAUGCAAAUGGUGUUAUUGGUGUUUGUAAAAUGUUUGUUUAUAGAUUAUAAGACACAUCCUAUCUUGCUAAAUACAGUUCAUUAUCUACUUAAUGCUGUGCUUUUGUACUCCAGUAACAAGUCAGCCUUUCUUUCUUGAUUUUGUUUGUUUGUGAUUCAGUGUAAAUGGUACACUGAUCUUAAACUCACCUUGUUUUGAUAAAAGAAUCCUGAGAUAUAUUGUCUUCCAUAUAGAUGUAUUAAUUGUUUAUUAUAACCACUGUUCCACCACUACUCCACAAAGAAUUUUUACCAAGUACUGUGGAGUAAUGGUCACUUCAUGGGACAGUAAGACUUAGCCUCUAGGAAGGUUUUAUUGGAUAAACAGGAUGAGUGGAUGGUACCAUGUUAACUGUUAAGAAAUAUAAUCUGCUGUGGCCUGUGUGAUUUAUACAUUAGCAAUGAGACAUGGGAUGUAGAGAGUUAGGCUCCAGAUUUUGUGCAUUAUAGUUGUCUUGAAGUGAUGAAUUCAAGGACUAGAGAUCAAUUUUUUUAUACAUUUGUUUUUAUUAUGACACAGAACACAGAUCAGGAGGAGCAACAAAUAUUUUCCAAAAUCUUGGUACAGAUGUUUUGUCUCAGCUGUGCCUUCUUUAAGGAGACUGAUAACCUGGUAUAUAGAUAGACUACAUAACUGUAUAUCACACUCAGCUUGUUCCUUUCAAUGGAAAUAACAUUAGUUGUCCUUCAACACCAACUGUAAGAUCUGUUCACAACAGGUACCCUUCAUUGAGUCUUUGAUAGCUCUUAUAACCUACUUAAAACAGGUUUCCUUCACCAAAAAGUCCUUCUUCACAGCAGGUUCCUUUUACCAAGUCAUCGAUAGCUCUCAUAACAUUCUUCUCACUGUCUGUCAUUCUCCAAGGUUUCCUGUUGUUUCCCUGAGCUCUUACAAAGAAUAUCUUUCAUGGGACAGAGGGGAAUCAUGUAUUCCACAUUGUCAUGCAUGACUUGCGGUGAGAUGUGAUGUGUUCUCCGAGACAUGUACAACAGUUCCAAAGAAAAGAUGACAGAAUGUUACCAUGCCAGAUAGGAGCAGCAGAAAGACCGUCAAAAUGUUGUUGCAUUGCGGAAGUCAAGAAUGGAAGUAUUCUUGAAUCAACUGGACACCACUCACUGUCAUCAUUAAAAUUAUCAUUGCUUA